UUAAUUUUUAUGGUAAUCAAGGAUAUGUAUUAGUGAUAAUUGAUUUAUUGAAGUAUAAAUAUAAAUCCAGAUACAAUGUACUACGUAAAUCGUAAACUUAACAAAAGAAAUUUGUGCCGUUUUCAUAGAAAUAUUGUUGACCGAGAAACAUUUUCUCCAAAAUUUGAGGUUAAGGUGGUAACAGUUUUAUUUUUAAAUGGUGAAAUUGAUAUCUCCUAUCUAUAUCUAUACAUUUUUUUAUUAAAACAAAGCAUGGAAGAAACGCGUACAGUAAAAUUCGAUAAACCCAUAUGUUUUUCAAGCAAAGUAUUAGUUGGAAAUUGGGUUGAAGAUCGUUCUACUUACAAGAAAAAUGAUUUUAAGCAUAAAUCUAUUUACUCUGACGAAUUUGUGCCAAAGUCAUUUGACACAGAUAAUUUAAAAUUUCUGUGGGACCAGAAAAUAAUAGCCGAGGGCCAUGGUACCAUUUCUAGUAAGACAAGUAAUGAACCUUCCAGUUUUUUUGAUAACUAUUCAACUACAUAUGAUUUGAGUUACAAAUUCUUUCCAAGUUGGUAUACUGCACCCAUUUUUCGAAACUUAAGAUUUAGACUUGGAACACAUGAACCCCUCGAAGAAUACCUCAAGAGUUAUGGGAAUUUAUCAAAUUAUGGAUUAUCUGAAUACAAAGAACAUGUAUGGAAAUGUGAAAAGCAAGACCCUAGAACAACAGCCACCACCUCCUAUGAAGAUUCAUUUCUUUCACCUGAAAGAUCUGAUUACACAUAUUCUCAUUGGUGCCGCAUAACUCCAAAGAAAGAUAACCACCCGAGCCUUUCAAAAUUUAAUAUAAUUACUUGGAAAUGUAAAAAUGAAAAAUGCUAUUGUUAA